CUCCCUACCGUCCGGCCGGUGUCCAAGAAAAGCGGUUGCUCUUGGCUGUGUCAUGAUUUACAGCAGACCUUCACUCAUUAUCUAGUGGGACAUGGCAUCCUGUGUACCUCGUGAGGCAUCCAUCUGAGCAGCCAUCCGACUCCGCUUCUACUCUCGCCCGAAAUGCGCGGGGCCAGGUUGCUGGCUUCCUGGGCCCCUGGGGUCCUACCCAAGCAGGGAACCCAGGUGCAUGGAAGCAUUCUGAACGAGUUCUAUUGCAGAGCUCAGGCACCUCGGUCUGGACCUGGUGUUUUUGGUGGCUUCCGCCGACAGCUUUCCGGACUUUCGCGCCCAUUACGCAAUGACCUUUCCUUGACAUCUGGACUACGCUUCCCUCACGGCAAUGGCUCGCGGUUCUCUCUUAUACAGUCACAACUAGCAGCACACUCCCGGCUUUUCACCUCGACGCAGCGGUCGUUGGACUCUAAGUCAUCGGACUCCACGAAACCUACACAAACGGACAAGAAGAUAUCUCAGGACAAUGAAGACGAAGAUAUAGACAAGGGGUUCGAGCUCUCCGAAAAAGCAGCCCAGGCUUCAAAGAUCAACCUUUCCGCGAGGCUAGCGAAGGAGGGAGCUGGGGGGGAUAAGGCCGGCUGGAAAGAGAUAUGGCGACUUCUGCUCAUUGCGCGACCCGAAGCCAAAAAGCUCUCGCUUGCUUUCUUCUUCUUGCUCAUUUCCUCUGGUAUUACGAUGUCCGUCCCCUUCUCGAUUGGAAAGAUCAUGGAUGCAGCUACCAAGUCCACUGAAGAAGGUGGUGGUGGCGACCUGCUCUUUGGUUUGAGCACAACGAUGUUCUAUGGCGCCUUGGCUGGAAUUCUAACCUUGGGAGCCCUGGCCAACUAUGGUCGCAUUGUCAUUCUACGUGUUGUUGGCGAACGUGUUGUGGCCAGGCUUCGUUCGAGCCUUUUCCGCAAGACUUUCGUCCAGGACGCAGAGUUCUUCGAUGCGAACCGAGUGGGUGACUUGAUCUCUCGACUUGGCUCUGACACUAUCAUCGUGGGUAAAAGCAUCACGCAAAACCUGUCCGACGGGUUGCGCGCAACUGUUAGCGGUGUCGCUGGAUUCGGUCUCAUGGCUUAUGUCAGUCUCAAACUGUCGAGUCUGCUGUUUAUUUUGCUUCCUCCCAUUGGCAUUGCAGCCAUGGUCUUUGGAAGGGCGGUCCGGAACCUCAGUCGCAAGAUCCAGAAGAACCUAGGUACUUUGACCAAGAUUGCAGAGGAACGUUUGGGCAACGUCAAGACCAGCCAGUCCUUUGCGGGGGAAGUCCUCGAAGUCAACCGGUACAACACUCAAGUGCGGAAAAUCUUUGAACUCGGCAAGAAAGAAUCCUUGAUUAGCGCUACGUUCUUCAGUUCGACUGGCUUCAUGGGUAACAUGACGAUAUUGGUGCUCCUCUAUGCUGGAAGUGCCCUGGUCCAAUCUGGUGGCAUUACGAUAGGAGAGUUAACAUCGUUCUUGAUGUAUACGGCCUAUGCGGGCUCCAGCAUGUUCGGUCUCUCCGGUUUCUACUCCGAAUUGAUGAAGGGUGUUGGAGCGGCCAGUCGUCUUUUCGAGUUGCAGGACCGUGAACCGACGAUAUCGCCCACCAAGGGCAUCAAGGUCGACACCGCUCGGGGCCCUAUCCGCUUCGAGAAUGUCACCUUCAGCUACCCAACACGCCCUGCCGUUCCGAUCUUCACGGAUCUGAACUUUGAAAUCCCGCAAGGAAAGAACGUCGCCAUUGUCGGGCCGUCGGGAGGAGGAAAGUCGACCAUUGCUUCGCUGCUGCUGAGAUUCUACAACACGACUGGAGGACGUGUCUUGAUUGACGGCAAGGACAUUAGCAAGAUGAACGCAAAGUCCCUCCGCAGGAAGAUUGGUGUUGUCGCUCAGGAGCCUGUGCUUUUCUCUGGAUCGAUUGCCGAUAACAUUUCCUAUGGCAGUGUACGGGCGAGUAGAUCAGAGAUUGUUGCAGCCGCCAGGAAAGCGAACUGCCAGUUUAUCAGCGACUUCCCUGACGGUCUUGACACUCAGGUGGGACCUCGCGGAGCUCAACUCUCCGGUGGACAAAAGCAGCGCAUUGCCAUUGCCCGCGCUCUCAUCAAGAACCCCGAUAUUCUGAUCCUGGACGAAGCCACCUCUGCUCUUGACGCGGAAUCCGAGACACUGGUCAACAGUGCCCUUGCUGCUCUUCUUCGUGGCAACAACACGACGAUCAGCAUUGCUCACCGACUCUCCACCAUCAAGCGUUCUGACACGAUCAUUGUUCUCGCCCCCGACGGAAAGGUGGCCGAACAAGGGUCCUUCGAAGAGCUUAGCGCUCGUCCCGAUGGUGCGUUCACGAAGCUGAUGGAAUGGCAGAUGAGCGGCGGCGAGACUACGUCAAAGGACGCUCCCAUUAGCCCGGAUACUGCCGAGAAGCUGUGGGAGUUGGAGAAGGAGGAAGCCGAGGCAGAGGCCGAAGCAGAGGCCGACGGCACCAAGCCAACACGGUGAAACGACGAAUCUUCUGGAUAGCCCAGGGUAUCAUCCUUUUUUUUAGCACAUUUCUCUUCAUAUUGUUUGUUAUAUUGUUGGUUUGGUUUUCCUUUCAGCAGUGUAGAGUAUUCGGCCCCUGGGGCACAUACACUUUUGGCACUUUUGUCUAGACGGGUGGGCCACCUUCUGCGGAUGUAUCUAAUAUGGGAGAUCUUGCCUGGAACGGGCAGCUCUGAUGACCGGAUAGAUAAAUAUAAUACCCAUC